CUUUUCUUUUUCAUUUGCGUGCUAAACUUUUACGGUGAAUAGUCUUAAAGUUUUAAGUUUUUAACCUUACAAAUCACAUCCUAACUUUCCUUAACGCCGUUGAAAGACCAGUUAACCCUUGGACGACGCACGACCAACUCCUCUUUGUUCACCGUUGAUCGCCCAUGGAGCUCACCCUUCCGUCCGGCAUCCCUAGCUCCUCCACCUUGCGGCGGCUUCGAAAUCUUCCCCAAAGUCACACCGCGCCGUUCACACGGAUUCAAUACCCAGUCUUCCCUUUAAGCCCGAGACCAAUGGACCGACCGUCACUGACGUCAAAAUCCAAAACCCCACGCGCCGCCGCGGACAACGGCGCCUCUUCCAUCUCCGCCGCUUCGCCGGUACCGGCCGUUGGCGGUCGAUUUGGGGAAGUGAAGAGGGUCACCAAAGAGACCAAUGUUUUUGCGAAAAUUAACUUGGAUGGUACUGGGGUUGCUGAUUCGUCUACGGGAAUCCCAUUUCUUGAUCACAUGUUAGAUCAACUCGCGUCGCAUGGGCUAUUCGAUGUACAUGUGAGAGCAACAGGUGACAUUCAUAUCGAUGACCAUCACACCAAUGAAGAUGUUGCUCUUGCUAUUGGCACGGCUUUGCUGCAAGCUCUUGGUGACAGGAAAGGAAUUCACCGGUUUGGAGAUUUCUCAGCUCCUCUGGAUGAAGCAUUGAUUCACGUUGCCUUAGAUUUAUCCGGGAGACCAUAUUUAGGUUAUGAUUUGCAGAUUCCCACUCAGAGAGUUGGUACCUAUGACACUCAGUUGGUUGAGCAUUUUUUCCAGUCAUUAGCAAAUACUUCUGGUAUGACACUUCACAUCCGGCAGCUUGCUGGCAAGAAUUCCCACCAUAUUAUUGAGGCAACCUUCAAAGCUUUUGCCAGGGCUCUUCGACAAGCAACAGAACCUGACCCACGACGCCUUGGGACCAUACCAAGCUCAAAGGGUGUUCUGUCACGUUCUUGACGAGUUCAUUGCCAUAGGUGAAGCAACAAGUGACUUUGGGUUAGCAGUGUGGCUCCCUGAAGCGCUGAAUUUGCAAUCUUUGGCGGUUAUUGGGAGACUGUGGAGCAAUCUGUGCAUGUUGUGAUCACAAGUACCAGCCAAUUUGUAACUCCAGCCCAGUUACGAACACUAGCUCUGCGGCCGAAUGUGAAAUCAUGGAAUUCAUAGGAUGAUUGCUUGCCAUGCAUUAUAAUUAUGAUGUAUCGUCUGUUCUAUAAGGUUUUUGGGGUUGUCAGAUUGUAAGACAACUAGUAGGCUUCUUGACCUCAUAAUAAGUGAGGUUAGCUGCAGUGUUGUAACUGUGACUUGUUAAACAAAUGGACCGGUUAUAAAAUGCAUUCCACAAAAUAGGCGUCAGAAUCUGACGCAGCAAAUCAAUUCCAAAAGUC